UUUCGUUAGUUUCCUCACCAAACACUGUACUGAUAUUAUUGUGUGAUAAAAAAAAAAAAACUGGAAGGCAGCCGGUGGAGAAGGAGCUGUUUGCUUCAGACAAAGACCAAACCAAGCCCAGCUGGUAAAGCGGACCGAGUCGCUGCUGCUGCUGCCAUGGAACUGGUCUUAUAAAAAGAGGCGAAGAAGACGAAGAAUUUUUUUUUAGCACUUUUUAAACCAAAGAAAACCAGUUUUGAAUCUAGCUGUGGCUGUCGGAAGGAAGGCGGGGAAUACAAAGAAACGCCUGCUGAAAAAAACCCUCAACAUUUUAGACUCACUCAAUCAAAUAAAGGAUUAUAACGAACCGAAAUCCUGCUGCUGUGACAGGUCAACGGUAGUACAUGGAUUAUCUGUGUUUUCGGGCACUGUGCUGUAAAGGACCCCCACCGCCGAGACCAGAGUAUGACGUAGUGUGCAUCGGCCUGACGGGGGCAGGGAAGACCAGCUUGCUCUCGCGGCUCUGCAGUGAGGGCAGUGACGGCAUCGUUCCAACAACAGGUUUCAGUAUCAAGGCAGUGCCAUUUCCAAAUGCCAUCUUAAAUGUAAAAGAACUUGGAGGAGCUGACAACAUCAAGAAAUAUUGGAGUCGUUACUACCAGGGGUCACAGGGUGUAAUCUUCGUCCUGGAUAGUGCAUCAUCAGACGAGGACCUUGAGGCAGCGAGGAAUCAGCUCCACUCGGCUCUGCAGCACCCUCAGCUCUGCACACUACCGUUCCUUAUCCUUGCCAAUCACCAAGACAAGCCUGCAGCCAGAGCGCCAAACCAGAUAAAGAAAUACUUUGAGCUUGAGCCGCUGGCACGAGGAAAGCGUUGGAUCCUGGAGGGCAGCACCACUGACAAUAUGGAGGCGGUGAAGGGGAGUUUUGGUCAGUUCAUCAUCCUGUUGGAGGACAAGGAAAUAGAGCCUGCAAGGAUAUGAUGCUAACCCACGUUAGCGGUCACUGACCGCCUUUACUGCUGGUGCCCACGUCCACACACCCGAGCAAGCACAGACACAAACACACAGGAAAAUGCAACAGAUGUUGGCCACUCUUCGUGAUGAAUAUUGUAUGUUAUCCUCCCUCCACUGCGGUCUCAGCUUUCACAUCGGAGGAGCGAGACGGCGCAUCGGUGGAGCGCUGCAGACUGACAGAAGAGAGCCACCUUUAAAGCCACCCAGGCUCAGCAAAAGGUGUCUGAAGCCUGCCAGCAAUGGAAACCAUGUUUACUACUGUUAGUGCCAUUGUGAUGUAACCUAAGGCGUUUAGGACGAUUAGCAAUUCUUUAGUCAGCAUUAAACACUAACACGCUCUUAAAUGCUCACGCAGACAUAAAACUGAGAGGAUCCAAGAAUAUUUUUAGCAUCUCCACUUAUUGCUUUGCAGGAUGUUUGAGCGAACACAGCUGAUGGGCUUUUCCACUGAGAAGUAUUGUACUGCUGUAACCUCUGCUUCUACCUUUGACUCUCUGACAACACAUGUUGUUCAGUGACUGGAGUGAAUAGUCUUAAGCCCUGUGCUCUGUAAGGUAGUUACCUAAUAUGAGUAGUAUAGGCUGAGUGGAAUAUUAUGUACAAGCAAAGAAGCAUUUUCUGUGUAACUAAACAGGAGAGUGACUGAGGGCGUCGCUGGCAGGAUGUCUGAAUGCUUUUAUAAAUGUGUGGCUUAGGUUUUAUUUUAUAGCUAAUGUAUGUUAACCUCUAAAGCAGCAUAUUGAUUCAGUAUGUUUUUUUAUGUCUGUCGUGCAUAUAUCACAUGAUUUGUUUCAAAUCAGACCAAAUCAAAAAAAAAAAAAAAAAGGAAAAAGGAAAAAGGUGAUUGACUGGGAUGGAUGUAGACACAACACAGAGAUGUAAUGAAUUUAGUGUGCGUCUAGUGUUGAUUAUUGUUAAUUAUUUCUACUGUAUUUGCUUUUCUAUCUGACAAAACCUCUCAACACAGGCUGGUGUCUGCUUUCCCAUCAGGCUGGAAUACAAACU